UAAUCAGAGGCAAACUGACUGUAGUGGUCAGAGGUGUAUUCACUUUUCUUGCAUUGAGGUUGUACUGUGGGACCUUAUUUUCAGUGUAGUCUCAGUCGUUCAAUGUAUCUAACCUGUUUGUUUUUAAUUAUACAUAAGAUCAAAUACCCUACACUUCAACUUGAAAAUAAUACAAUUAUUGUCAGAUAACAUUUUAAUGAUACUGCACAAGGGUUCACUUAGUUUUUUGUUGUAUACUGUAGGUGUCCCUUCCCGGGUCUGUUUCCUGUCCUGUCUGUAUGUAUGAUCGGAGCUUGCGCACUUAGCGUCUCCAUUGUCUGGCCAGUAGCAGCAGCUCCAUCAACAGCAGCGGCGGAACGGACCGCCGAUCUAAGCGCAGGGGAGCGGCUGCACCGUGACCCCUAUCUCCGGGAAAAAGCGACCCCUUGUUGGAAACCACCGGACCGAACAUACAGUGCGGACGGCAACGUCAUUCCCCCCCCCCCUUUUUUUUAAGACAAACGGUAGCUUUUCGCGGUCAGACAGACAGCAACAGUUGCCACGAUGUCUGAGAUCAGAUGAGGCCAGAGCAGCGGAGUGAUCAUUGCAGCGGUGCGGUGAUCCGAGCUGGGUGGGUUAAACGUGUUGCUACCGCAUCCCGCCUGCAAUGAUACCGCCGUCUUAAUCACCUGGGACGGUAAAGGGAGUGUGGUGUGGGCUAUAUCUGUAUGUCGCUCUGGGCUUCGCCGUCGCUCUGCUCGUCAGCCAUCCCCGGGUUGUGUCGAGGUUUUGUCUGCAGGUGAGGUGAAUCCAACCGUCAGUGGUGGCUCAUGUUCCGCUCAGCAGGAAAACGGGCUGUUACGUCUGCAGAGAAUCAGAGCUGACGAGCCUGCUGAGACACACAGACAGACAGGCAGGCAGUAAGGGCGAGAGACAGAAAGCAGCGAGGGGAGGGGGCGACAGCCUGUUUCGGCUCUCUCGACCCUUUGCGGAUCGAGCCGACCCCCCUCCUGUUUCCACCCAGAACCCUCACCAUCUGUCUCCCGCUUUGGAUGGGGGGAAAGCAGAGCACGACAGGGCGGCCCCGGGGUGCUUUUUCGGGUGUCUCUACGGAUGACAGCGCGGUGCAACCCUCGGGCCACUUCGGCCCCUACCGGCCAAGCGGCACCAUGGGACUGCGGAGCCGUUCAGUGAGCUCCGUUGCCGGGAUAGGUAUCGAGCAUAGUCCCGCCGUGCCAUUCGGCUUCCUCACCCCCAGAGGGACAGACUCUGAUCGAGCUGGAGGGGGGUCAGGGGGCACUACAGCCGUCCCCCAUGGUACCGGUUACCAGGACACUGGGGGCGGAGGACACCACACGGACGGGGUUCUCUAUCUGGGGUCCCGGGGGUCGCUGGCUGACACCUUGCCCCUGCACAUCGCACCCCGCUGGUUCGGAGCACACAGCGGAUUCAAGUGUCCUGUCUGCUCCAAAUCUGUGGCGUCCAAUGAAAUGGAAGUUCACUUCAUCAUGUGUCUAAGCAAACCUCGCCUCUCCUAUAACGAUGAUGUGUUGCCAAGGGAUGCUGGUGAGUGUGUGAUCUGUCUAGAGGAGCUUCAGCAAGGGGACACCAUAGCCAGACUGCCGUGCCUCUGCAUCUACCACAAAAGCUGUAUAGACUCAUGGUUUGAGAUCAAUCGGUCCUGCCCUGAACACCCCUCUGACUGACUUACCACCAGGCCCACUAUUAAUACUGUUCAAGAACAUCUCGUGAUCCUGCCGUGGAUAUUUGGACACAGACGCAACCAAAUCUGAUGAAACUAUCAUAGUGAUCAAGACAUACUUAUCCUGACUGAAUCCACCAUCCUAACCAAGAUAAUUAUUCCUCAUGAACUGAAUAAAAAAAAACAUGACUGUCACGCUAUUGGGCAUAAAAGGGCCCCUCUUGAGUCCAACAUUUUACAUCUGCUGAAGAGACUGCUUACAAACACCCCCUUCCUUCCUUCCUUCACGUCCCACAUGUCCAACCUAACAGAGUCCCUUAAAGGGCUUCAUCAGGCCUCCACUCCCCUUCCAACUCAGCCACGGCCAGUUGCCUCUCUGAGGUGCUCAGGUCCUUACAUGUCUCCAGCAGCUGGCCUUCCAACUUGUAUCUGCUUCCAAGCCUGUCAGUCAUUUGUGUCCAACCCUCUGAUGGCCUUAACUGGGGAGAGGAGAGGAAACAGAGCAGGGAGGUGGCAGGAGGGAAAAUGAUGGAAAGGAAGAAAAAGAAGAUGGGAAUAAAUAGAAGGAAGACAUCGACAAAUGUAGGACUGUUGAGUUGCAGAAGGUUGUUAUGAAAAACAGUCUUGUACAAUAUUUGAUGGGUCUCUCAAUUCACAACAGAACUCCAACCCUCUCAUUAAAGACUCAGUCUCAGUUUGCUUCUUUCUCGUAGUUUCUGCCUCAGUUCUGUGUCCUUCCUCACCAAUUUGACUCAAGAAAAAAUUACAUCAAAAAGUUAGAUCUGGUUUUAUGCACAUCUGGGCAGGCAGGGAGGGUUAGCGUAAAAAAAACUCGGAUGUCAGCCUUUCUUGUAUGUACAAAAUAAAGAGGGGAAUCUAAAGGUGGACUGGGGAUGGAGAGUAGUCUCAGUGUGCUCAGUUCUGAUUGGGAGGGAUAAAGGGGCCAGAAAUGUUGUUUACACUCCAACUGUAUAACUUACGUUUGGGAUCCUCAGUGUCAGGCUUCAUCUCAAAUGUGUAUGUACGCUAUGUAUGUGUGUUUGAGAGUGCCUGGAACUGUUACAAAAUAGCUUUUGCUGAAGCCUGAGUGUGUGUUCUCAUGUGAGACAGCAUGAAACGUCAGGUGCAGAGGGCCGACUGGGACAGUGCUGUGUGUGUCUAUGUAUGGAAAUGUUUACAGUCUAGCUGUCCAUGUUCCCUGUGUGUUUGAAUGGCAGUCCUCCCUUUACUUUUCUGAUGUUUACAGCAACAGAGAAGCGACAUGACAUAUUGUAAAUUAUAUAUGUAACGUCAAUUGGUUCUUUUUAGAUCUGCAGGACUUUUCAUGAUUAGUCAUUUUAUAGUGAGAGCCUUGGGUGUGAGAGAGUGCGUGUGUGUCUCCGUGCAUCUGACUAUUUGUGCAUGUGUGUUUGAGUGUGUGUGAGAUUCAUGCUACUGUCGGUUCCCCAGAUUGUGUUUCUGCAAGAGUAGGUCUGGUUAACUGCAACUGGAGACUUGAGUCACUCAGAACCGAAAAAGGACUCUGUAGUCCCACUGUGGAUCCACUGAAAGGGGCAUAUUUAUUCAUUUGUUGUAUUUAACAAUAUUUGUUUAAUAUUGCAGUCAUGUGGGGUGUUACUCACCCUUCCGAAUGCCAGAGCUGUUUUAUGAAGACUACU